AUGACGGUCGCCGGCGCCGCCACUGCACGAACCAAGCGGAUCUUCAAGCUCACUCUCUCCCUUCUCGGCCUCGGCUUCAACUCCUCCAAAUGUAAAACGGCGGCGAAGAUGGCGGUGGCGAGGAUUAAGCUUCUGAAGAACAAGAGGGAGGUUGUGGUGAGGCAGAUGAGGCGUGACAUUGCGCUUCUUCUUCAGUCUGGUCAAGAUGCCACUGCUCGUAUCAGGGUUGAGCAUGUGAUGAGAGAACAAAAUGUUUUGGCUGCAAAUGAGUUCAUUGAGUUGUUUUGUGAAUUAAUUGUGUCCAGACUCUCUAUUAUUGCAAAGCAAAGGGAUUGUCCGGCGGAUUUGAAAGAGGGAAUUGCUAGCUUAAUAUUUGCAUCCCCUAGGUGCUCAGAAAUUCCUGAACUGGUGUCGCUUAGGAAAAUAUUUGAGAAGAAGUACGGAAGGGAUUUUGUAUCUGCUGCUACUGAUCUUAGGCCUAGUUGUGGUGUGAAUCGCCAGUUGAUUGACAAGCUCUCAGUACGCACACCUCCUGGUGAAGUAAAGUUGAAAGUAUUGAAGGAAAUUGCUAAGGAACAUCAAAUUGAUUGGGAUACUGCAGAAUCUGAAAGAGAGCUUCUUCAGCCUCCAGAAGAGCUAAUAGAAGGGCAACGCACUUUUGUCAGUGCCAGCACCUUACCGGUGAAGACUUCAAUAGAUGUGUCGAUUGAAUCAAAUAAGCAGCAAUCUAUAAGAUUAUCCAGCGGCGGAAAUAGUGAUGCCAUGUAUUUUGAAGAUUCUAAGUCUGCUGCUGAAUCAGCAGCUGAGUCAGCAAAGAAAGCAAUUGCAGCUGCUGAGGUUGCUGCUUAUAUGGCUAUGAAGGACAAUAAUGAAGCCUCUCAACCAUAUUACAAUGAUAAGUUCUAUAAUGAUCCUGCAAAACAUUCCCAGAAUAUGACUCAUAAAUCAACCACUGAGGACAGAGUGCAUAGGUCACAUAGCUUACCAAGGUCUGAUCACAUGCGCAAUGAGGAUACAUUGCCGACCCAAUUGUAUGAUGGAAAGGAAUAUAGAAGACACAGCUACCAUCCAGCUUCUGCACAUUCAGAUAUUAAGUUUGAUGAAUCAGAUUGUGAUGAAGAAAUCGAAGCAGAAGAACCUCCUCCGGUUACUUUGCCACCUCAAAGGCUUCCACCACCUGUACCUUCAUCUCUAGUUAAACAAGAUUCCAGCACUCGUGUUCAUCCUAAAUUACCAGAUUAUGAUGAACUCACUGCUCGUUUUGAUUCGCUAAAAUUCAAAAAGUCGCAGUUCUGA